AUGGCGUCCGACCCCGUCACCCUGCCACCAUGGCCGCUCACUCCUCCCGACCCGUCCGAACCCCCACCAACGACAACAAAAGAUGUUACCUCCGUCGUCACGGCAAUCCAUGUGAUGUCGACCGAGCGAGCGGCGCUCGCACACCUCGAGCGCCUCUACCAGAACGAUUCGCGAGCGCAGCAGGAUCUCGCGCGCGCGGUGGACCUCAUUACGCGGAGUGUGCGUGAGGCGGGCAAAUUGGUCGUUUGCGGGGUGGGCAAGAGUGGGAAGAUCGGACGCAAGAUCGAAGCGACGAUGAACAGUCUUGGUAUAUACAGUGCUUUCUUGCAUCCGACGGAGGCGUUGCAUGGGGACUUGGGAUUGGUUCGUUUGAACGAUACGAUUCUCCUCAUUUCCUUCUCGGGUCGCUCCCCCGAGCUGCUUUCUUUGCUCCCGCAUCUUCCCGCUACAGUCCCGGUCAUCGCGUUGACUUCACAUACGGACCCGUCAGCAUGUCCAUUACUUUCUCUGCAUGGCCCGUCUGGCAUGGGUGUUCUUCUGCCGGCACCAAUUCAUGAGAAUGAAGAAGCGUCCCUUGGAGUCAGUGCCCCGACAUCGUCUACGACCGUGGCUUUGUGUUUGGGAGAUGCAUUAGCCAUUGCCGCAGCUCGGAAAUUGCAUACUGCUCCUGGACGAGGACCGGCAGAGGUCUUUCGUAGCUUCCAUCCCGGUGGUGCUAUCGGUGCUGCUGCUGCUGCUGCUGCUGCUUCUGCUGCUGGAAAUACACCACUGACUACACCAUCGAGUUGUGUUUCGACAAUUACAUUUGACUCGCCAUCCUCGUCCAUUUCUCUCCCGUGGGAGGAUCUCAAUGGCAAUUCAUCUAUCCCUCCUUUCACUCUCCAGCCUCCACCUCAGCAUCGCCGCAUUCCGUCGGAGGUGCUUGUUUCCCUUGAUCAGAUUCCCACUGCAUCGGCGUCUGCAUCAAAUUCACCUGCCGAUGUCCGACUUCUUGAUAUCCUCCUCACAGCUAUUCAGCAUCCCGAUGCCAAAUCAUGGGUCUUCCUGUCACCUUCUACGAUUGUCCCACCACGACGCAUUCGUGCCCUCCUGUCCCGCCAAAAAGAUGUCGAUCUACGCGUUUCCGAUGCCGUGGCUAAAGAUUCCGGGCGUCCUCUCGCCGUGCCCCGAGCCAACUGGUUCCUUGUCCCGGAAUCAACCUCCCUUUCGGAGCUGCGGCAUCUAGUGUCCACAUCCCGAGUUGAAACAGAUCCAAUCUCAGUUAUUGCGGUGAUGAAAGAUGUGACAUGUCCGGCCAGUUGCAUAGGGGUCAUGGAGGCGGAGGAUCUUUGGGAGCCAUGA